AUGGUUUUGGUUCUCAGGUACAAUGUGACAAAGUACAUAUACGCAACAGCUUCUAUAAAGCUACCAAUCUGCUUCAUCGUCAAGUCUUUGUCAAAGGAAGCAUCGCGCGUGCAGACUAACUGGAUGGGUUACAUCGCGGUUGCUACAGACGAGGGGAAGGCUAUGUUAGGGAGGAGAGACAUUGUUGUUGCUUGGAGAGGAACUCUUCAGCCAUAUGAAUGGGCCAACGACUUCGAUUUUCCGCUUGAGUCGGCUGUCUCAGUUUUCCCGGUCGCCGAUCCCAAAGACGCGCCUCGUGUUGGAAGUGGCUGGCUCGAUGUCUACACCGCUUCUGACUCUAAUUCCCCUUAUGACACCACUAGCGCGCGUGAACAGGUUUCUUCACCUCUUUCUUUUAUCUGUGCAUUGUGUCUCACUUCCAUUUCUCGCACUUUCUCCUUAAUGGCAUCUUGGCUCCGGAUUCAGGUACAGGGAGAGCUCAAGAGGUUGCUGGAAGUUUACAAGAACGAAGACGUAAGCAUCACUUUCACAGGCCAUAGCUUGGGCGGGGUAAUGUCAACUCUAGCAGCUGCAGAUCUUGUCCAUGGCAAUAACAGCAAGAUCACUACAGGUCUUCAAAAAAAGCAAGUUCCUAUCACAGUUUUUGCUUUCGGGAGUCCUCGAAUAGGGGACAAAGACUUCACGAAGAUCGUCGAAUCACUCCAGCCGCUAAACAUCCUAAGAAUAGUAAAUGUUCCGGAUGUGGCACCACACUAUCCACUCUUACUGUAUUCAGAGGUAGGCGAGGUGCUCGAGAUCAACACACUGAACUCGACGUAUCUCAAACGGUCUCUAAACUUUAGGAACUACCAUAACCUGGAGAUAUACCUGCACGGCGUGGCAGGGAUGCAAGACGCAGCCGGAGUAUUCAAGCUGGAGACUGGUCGAGAUGUAGCAUUGGUCAAUAAAGGAUUAGAUGCUCUGAAAGACGAGUACUUAGUGCCAAGUACCUGGAGGUGCCUUGCAAACAAAGGGAUGGUUCAAAUGGAUGACGGCACAUGGAAGCUGGAUGUCCACAGGAGAGAUCAUGAUGAGGCUGAAGACGAUGAUGUUGACUCCUCCAACUAG